AGAAGCCAGGCAGGACACUGAAGCCACCCAAGCAGCUGCCGCUCUCUUUAGAGUUUCCGGAGCCCAAAGUGAUCAUGGCCCGGGUCAACGGAGCAUUCCUGGAUGUGCUGCUGCUUCUGCUGCUGCUGUCUGUUCAGACCCUGCCCCUAGUAGCAGCAGGAGAUCCACACAAUUGUGAUGCUCCGUUGGCUUCUUCUUUGCCUCAGUUAUCCUUCAGCAGCUCCUCACAGCUGUCCAGCAGUCAUGGCCCUGGCUUUGCAAGACUAAAUAGAAGAGAUGGAGCUGGUGGAUGGACACCGCUUGUAUCAAAUAAAUAUCAGUGGCUGCAGAUUGACCUUGGAGAACGAAUGGAGGUCACUGCUGUGGCCACCCAGGGUGGAUACGGGAGUUCUGACUGGGUGACCAGUUACCUCCUGAUGUUCAGUGAUGGUGGAAGGAACUGGAAACAGUAUCAUCAAGAAGAAAGCAUCUCGGGAUUUCCAGGAAACACAAAUGCAGACAGUGUGGUACAAUACAGUCUCCAGCCUUCCUUCCACACCAGGUUCCUGCGCUUCCUCCCCUUAACCUGGAACCCUAAAGGCAGGAUUGGGAUGCGGAUAGAAGUAUAUGGGUGUUCAUACAGCGAUGGAAACCUGCCCCCUGUUAAUUCUAUCAUGAACUUCACCUUAGGCAGCCUUCUGGAUGACUGGCACUGGCACUCUGUACUCAUUGAGCUCCAAAAUAUGCAUGUGAACUUCACCCUGGACAAAUACAUGCAUCAUGUUCAUGUGAACAAGGAAUCCAGUUACUUGGAUCUUAAUUUUGAGGUUGUUAGACAUUGUGGAAUUUAG